AGGAGUUCGACUGAUAGGUGUAAUGCUAUUUUACUGAAUACAUAACUAAGUUUGAAGGGAUUGGUGAGUAUUGUCAUUCCAUAUGAUAUUUUAUGCAAAUAUAAUGCUAAAUUUACGCUUAAGUUGUUAUUCUUCACACAUAUAAAAACGAAGCUGACAAAAUUUUAAAUUUUUAUCACUCAUUUAAAUAAGUAUUAGAUUUACACGUAAAUUAAAUAUCUACAUAUCUACCCUGUAACUUCUUUAAAAUCGUAUUUAGGCAAGAGAGAUUACAUCUUUUUAAAGGUGCAUGCUGCACUUAUAAAACUAGUGGUAUGUUUAACAUUAGAUGGAACUACAAUCGUGUCAUUAACACCCCAAACUUUCGUGUUAUUUUCACCAUUUAAUGAAGAGCUAAGAAUCGCAAGCCAAUAUCUAAAGUCAUUUUCCUAAAAAUCAGACCUGUCGUUUAAGCAGAUUAACUCAUGUAAUGGGAUGCUUUGAAGACUUAAGAGUUUUAAAACUCCAUUCCUUAUUUGUCAAUAGCUUUUUUAAAAUUGUCGUAGUACCAAACCUUUUCAAAUUUACAACUUGGUAUUUUAAAUAUAUUUUUUAUGGCCAAAUUUCAUUAUCUGUGUAAUAUCGGGAAUUCUCGAAAAAGUUUCUUUGCCUGAAUUCGAUUUUCACCUAACUAAGAACCACCUUGAAAUAACAUUAAAUACCUAUUAAAUUUUCAGGUAAACAUGUUGUUUGGAAAUCUUUAACCAAGGAUAAACGUAGUAGGUCAGAGGUCGGGGAAUGCGUCUCAUUUAAUGAAUACAUUGGGCUCAAUCCCAUGAUUUAUAAUCUCAGUAGCUGCAGUAGUGAGGAUAUAAAUAUGCAAUUUCAGUACCGAUGGAAAGUACGUUAAUGUUUUACUGUUUUUAUCAAGAAACACUAUGAUAAAUAAAUAUAAUUAGAUAAUUAUUUAAAAAAUUUCACUAAUCUAUUAAUAGUCCGGUUAAUUUUUAUUUUAGAAUAAGUUAUUUAUAUCAUAUUGGCAUUAUAUAUACAUAUACAUAUAUAUAUAUAUAUAUAUAUAUAUAUAUAUAUAUAUAUAUAUUAGAAUAUAUGACCCCAUGUUAAUGUGAUAAAAUAGCAAUGGAAGGCUCUUUGCGAUCAUUUCUACUUGCUAUUACGAAAACACAUCAUACUUCCCUAUUUUGAAAAUGUGUAUUUUAUUUUAUAAUAAGUUAUUUAUAUCAUAUUGGCAUUAUAUAUACAUAUAUAUAUAUAUAUAUAUAUAUAUAUAUAUAUAUAUAUAUAUAUAUAUUAGAAUAUAUGACCCCAUGUUAAUGGGAUAAAAUGGCAAUGGAAGGCUCUUUGCGAUCAUUUCUACUUGCAAUUACGAAAACACAUCAUACUUCCUUAUUUUGAAAAGGUGUAUCAUUAUAAUGAUGUUUACCUUUCUAACUUUAUUAAGUUUUAAAAAUAAUUUUUUGCUAUAUAUUAUACACCUAACCUGCCACUUUUUUUUGCGCCCCUAAGCUACACUUUUUCUAAACAUGACCUUAAAUUACCAAAUAUAAAUGAUCAUUAAUAAAAUAUUUAUGGUCUCUAAAGUAGUUCAAUGACGGCUGAUUUUUAAGCUAGAAAAAUACUUUAGAUGUCUUAAAUUGUAAAAUUGUUAAAAGAUGGGCCUAAAAUACUUCAUUUUGUGACUUCUGAAUUACAAUUUUUUUCUUUAAAAUUAUGAAAAAAUAUUUUCAAAUUCACAACAAUAACUUUAUAUACAACUUGAAAUAUAUUUUAUAUUAAAGGAAUUGGAUAUAUUGAUAUAUUUAUGAACAAAUUAACCUAACCUGUGCCUUCUUUUUACUAUUUAAUCGGAAAAUCGUAAAAUAAAGAAUUAGUUAAUCUAAAAAAAAAAUAUAUUAAAUGGUUUUACGUCUGAAACAGCGUUGAGGGCUUUUCAUUAAAAAAGAAAUCUUGUUAACCUCAAACAAAUAUACAACCACUUCACCUUUUAAUGUGUAAAAUCAAAAAUAUGUUUUAUCAUUUUGAAGGAAACAAAAAAAUAUAAACCCAUCUUUGUUCCAGUCAUUGAAUUGUAAAUAUUAAAAGAUGGCUCUUUUUAAAGAUUAAAUGUUCACGUGUAUAAAAUGAUGGGAAAUUGGUAUUCAUGGGUAUAAUUAUUCACAAUUACCCGUGUUUGUUUUUCAACGCCAUUCAUUGUUCUUAAUAGGUAAAUAUAUGUUUUUUAGUAAAAAAAGAAUGUAACAACUCUUUUUUCACGACUGUAACAUCAUUGAAUUCAAAGAAAAAAAAACAUCUACUGAAAACCGUUCACACCUUUUUUCCUAACUCCAAAACAUAUGUACCUAAGAAUUUUAAUUAUUUAUUGAAUGAUUUCCUUUAUUAUGAGGUAUAUCCUGUGCUGAAUAGGACAAAUUGAAGUUAUCAAAUCUCCCCAACAAUAAGUUUUUAAUAAAACAAUAAAAUUAUCGAAGGCAUACCCCCCCACCCCCCCCCCCCCCCNCAAUAAAUUUUUAAAAAAACAAUAAAAUUAUCGAAGGCAUACCCCCCAACCCCCCCCCCCCCCAAAAGCAGUUAAAAAUAUUUUUUGCACGCCCUUGAACUUAAUAAAAAUUCUUAAAUCACAGAUCCUUUUACCGACACAGUAUUUUAUAAAUAAUAAUUCAUUGUAUUGAAAUAUUAUUUUUAUUUAUAUUACAUUUAAAACGUAUUACAGAAAUCAAAUAUGUUACAUAAUUACGUUUUGAAAUAUUGACAUCAAAAUAAACCAAUUACAUCUUCUCUACCUCUUAUUUGAAUGAGUGAUAUGUGAAAAGUUAUUUAAUGUUAAAAAAUACAAACCUUAAUGAAUAAUAAAUGAACAAUUAUAUGUAUUAGCUUUAAAAAGAGGUUGUACAUUAUGAGUUUUGUCAUAUACCACUAUAAAAUUAAAGAAAGUGAAGAAUUUAUUUGCAAUUAAAAAUGGUGCUCUUUAAAAUUAAAUAUUUUUUCCUUAUUUAAGUUCAAUCGAAAAUUGUAAUUUGAAAUUGUCUAAAAAAAAACAUUUUUUUUGUUAGAUCAAAUCAAUUUUAAUUUAAUUUCUCAAUAUUAAAAGCGCACUAAAAAUGUACUUAAGUUGGCAUAAGUUGCGCAACUGCCGAUGCAGGCCUUUUCUGCAACUCCUUCAUUUCAGAUCCCUUCAUGGAUUUUGCAUCUAAUUGCGGGCCCCCUGUGGUAUAAUUCCUUCUCUACAUAUUAAUUCAUCUCAGUCUUGAUUGACCUGUGAGCCAUCUGCUCUUUGGCAUCUUACCCUAGACCAUUUUCGACGCUAUAUCAGCAUGCAUCCUCUCACCACUAUAGGUGUCCUGUUCAGCGAUGCCUUGAUCCUUAUAUAACUACGCUAUAUGUCUUGACACAACCGAUAUAACUUUUGGUUUAUACGAAAUUCAUUAUAUCAUUAUCUAAUAAUGGACAGUGUACUUUUCAUGACGAUUAUCCAGUCCCAUAUAUUAAGCGUUUCUCGGCUUUCAUCAAGAGUUACCAAGUCUACCUUGCAAACAUUAGAACUGCUCUUAAAAUAUGAAAUAUAUGGUUUUAUUAGACUUCUGAUGCCUAAUAGCUUUUGAAAACAGAAUAAAAACAAUUGCCUGGCAUGAACUUUUUAACAAAUCCUACAUCAAUUCCUUAAACUACAUGGUUCCAUUAAGGUGCAUUUUCGAGGUACUGGCAAGAAUGUUUUGGAGUAAAAUAGAAUAGAUCUGGACAUACUUCCUAUGGAUUAUCGUGUACCUCCUUAAAUUAAUUUGACUGGAAAUAACGAUUAGGCAACUGUCAUGCUGUAUUAAAGAUAAAUAUAAUUUUGAAAAAUUUUUUAAAAAAUAAUGGGGGACCAAAGUUAUUGUAAAAGUCCUUGUCUUGGUUGAAAAACUUUUCAAGGUUGCUCUUGAACGAUUGCAGAGUCUGGCUAAACGAAUCUACUCAGAGUCCAAGGGUGGCUUCCGAAAUUGGCGCUCAACAAUUGACAAUAUAUUAUCGGUACGUCGAAUGCAGGAGAAAUGUCGUGAACAGCAUAUUCCUCUUUCUACUGUUUUCUUAGCCCUGAAAAAGGCAUUCGACUGGGCAAUUCGUAGAGGCAUGUUGAAUAUCUUGCAGAGAAUAGAUUGUCCCCCUCCACUGCUCACAAUCAUAAAUUCAUGACACAAAAACAUGAAAAGCACAGUAACCUUCAAUGACGUGGUUUCUGGGGCAUUCGUUGUAAGCAGCGUAGUAAAACAAGGUUGUGCAUUGGCACCAACGCUCUUCUGCAUUUACUUCUCGAUUCUUAUUCAAAUUGCCUUCAGGGACUGGGAAGAUAAAAUGUACAUCCAUACCAGAUCAGAUGGUAGGCUGUUCAAUAUUGCCCCCCUUCCUGUAAAGACCAAGUUUUGUUUUUUGUUUUUGUUUUUUUAAGUACUACUUUAUGAACUGCUGUUCGCUGAUGAUGCCGCCUUUAGUGAAUAGUUAAUCGUCUAUCACACGCUCGUAAAGAGUGUUUUUUUUUUUUUAAAUGUGUCUACCUAAAGAAAAUGUCUUGAUGCAAGAAUCCCCGUCCCCUUAGAUCAUGUUUAUUUAGGUUCAUAAUCUUUUGAUUGUUGAGAAUUUAAUUUAUCUUAGAUCUAAUAUUUCUAUUUUUACUUUAUGAACUGCUGUUCGCUGAUGAUGCCGCCUUUAGUGAAUAGUUAAUCGUCUAUCACACGCUCGUAAAGAGUGUUUUUUUUUUUUUUAAAUGUGUCUACCUAAAGAAAAUGUCUUGAUGCAAGAAUCCCCGUCCCCUCAAAUCAUGUUUAUUUAGGGUCAUAAUCUUUUGAUUGUUGAGAAUUUAAUUUAUCUUUGAUCCAAUAUUUCUAUUUUUCACUCCUUUGACGAAGAGGUAAAAAUCAAUAUAGCAAAGCAGCGCAAUUAUGGUCAAACUGAAUAAGUGGGUGUGAAGUUGUCUCAAUCGAACUGAUGAAAUCAAAACUAACUGUCUCUCAUGCAUGUGUGUUUAAUACGCUUCUAGAUGGCAGGGACGUUCGGACAACAUAACCAGUCAUAAGGGAAAACUAUAUAGCUUCCAUUAAAGAUGUCUGCGUCGCAUUUUUUGCAUUCAAUGGCUGGACUAGGUUAUUAACACAGAGGUUUUAGAGCUUGCACAAAUGUAGAAUAUACUCUGCUCUUAGCAAGAUUUGCCUUCUCAGUUUAGGCCAUGUAACGAGAAUGGAGAAAGACAAUGUUACAAAGUAGCUAAUUUAUGGUGAGUUGGCAGACGUGACAAGACUUAUUGGAGGGCUAUGCCUGAGAUUUAUGGACAUUGGCAAAGUAGCUUGAGGGAAACUAACAUUGAAAUCAACGUAUAUGAGAUCAAUGCGGAACAAAGUUCAAGCUGCCCAAAAGCUAUGUAUGAAAGAGUCAAAGAGUCAUAAGAUGGGCGAAACAAAGUCCGUGCAAUAAAAAAGAAUAAAACGGUAGAAAAAAAUUAACCAGGAUUUAAUAUUCUUUAGCAGUUGAGAUUGUUAUUCCAGGAUUGGCCUGAUGAGUAAUUUGGUGAAGCGUAAAUAGCUACUCCAUUGCCUCGCAAAGACAGAAAGAUGCCCUAUGUAUACACUGUGUCAAGGACUGGAUGCAAUUAUAACGGCGGUGUCUUGGGCGUUGACCCCGAUUAUGGAAUAGUCUGAAAUUGGAAUUAUUCUGCAAUAGUGUUAUCAUAUGUUUCGUAGCAGUGGCGUAGUUAGGUUUCUUCUUUUAAAUAUAAAUAUCCAUCGUGUGGCGCUUACAAAAUCAAAAAUAAAUUAAUUGAAGAUCCAGAGGUAUAUGUAUUUAACAGAUGUAAAAACUUAAGUUAUAGUUAUUUUUACAAUUAAAUUUACUUGCUACAAAUUUUCCAUUCUUGAUCUUCAAAGCUCCAAAUCUGUCAUUCGAUUUCAAAAGUUAAAGGACUGUGCUAGUGAUGAAUCGGCAAAACUAUUAAUUUUUUAGAAUUUCUGGUUUCCGAAAAUUUAAAUUCCACAACCUUUUUAUUAAAAAAAAUAAAUAAUUCAAUUUUCAAAAGUUAUUAAAAUUAUAAAAAAUUAGGACAACAUUUUUUAACACUCUAAAUAGGUAAAACGUUAUUAUAGAUGAUUUUAAUUUUUACUUAUUCGAUUCGUAUACUUAGAAUCGCCAGACCUUAUCAUAUUUCGUUUAAAUAAAAAGUUUUAUUUCUCAGAAUUAAGAGAAAUAUAGCUUACUGUCUCUUACGAAAAUAGACGAACACAAAUUGGCGUUGAAUCAUGGUCACAACUGUUUAAUCUGACAUAAUUAUAGGGUCACCUCAAUUUUGAUGCCCCAGUCUUAAACUUUAAUAAAGUACGCAUUUGGAUUUGCUACAAGAGGGGGGGGGGUCAAUUGGAGAGAGCAUCGAAUUACGCCCCUGUUUCAUAAUGUACUCAUCUGUAAAUAUUGUUUUGUAAGUAAGAAAAAAAUGCAAGCUGCAGUUAAGGUAAUAGUUAUUUCGGAAAUAUAGAAGAUUUUGAUAAACUAGUCAUUGAAAGAAUUGAAUAUAUAUGUCUUCUUAAGAUUUUUAGAUAUACUGGUCCUUUAAUAUUUUUUAUAUACUGUUUAUUUAAGUAUUUGGAAUUUCUGGUCAUUUAAAGAAUCGAAUAUAUUGGUCAUUUUUGUUAAUUUGGAUAUUCGGUCAUUAAAAGAUUUUGAUAUACUCGUCAUUUAAAGAUUUGGAUAUACUGGUCAUUUAAAUAUUUAAAUAUAUUUGACAUAUUAAGAUUUCGAUAUACCGGUCAUUUAGAGAUUUGGAUAUACUGGUCAUAUAAAGAAUUUGAUUUAUUUUUUCACAAAGAUAAAACAUUUUCAAAACUUCUUGGAUCCAUAUUAAUAUAAUUAAAAAUUUAAGAGCUGUACGCCACAUAAAAAAAUGCCCCACGGGGCGGCACAUUCUUCGCCACUUAGGGUUUGAAACUGGAUAUAGAUAAAUAGGAAGAAUAUAUGUAUAUACAUUCAUGUUUAAAAUUAUAUUUUGAUUUUCAAAAGAUUUAAAUCUUCUUUCUACGAAGACAAAACCAUGGAGCCCUUACUUCCAUCAUUAAAUGAAGGUAACAUUAUUUGAAUAAUUAUAUAUUUUUGUAUACAGUAUUAUAAUAACACUUUUAAACAGGCUUUUUCUUUUUAAAAAGUUGUAGUUAAACAAAGCGUUGUAGCGAUUAAAUAGUAUGUUGCUAAUCUGAGUAAUACUAAAAAAUCAAUAUAAAAAAGACUGCAUUUUACAAAAAUUUACUUUUAAAUAUACAAUAACUCCAAGAACAUUCUUUGCAAUUUUAUUUCAAUAUAUACAUAAAUAUUGCAUGUUGAAUAUAUAUAAUAUAUAUAUAUAUAUAUAUAUAUAUAUAUAUAUAUAUAUAUAUAUUUAUAUAUAUAUAUAUAUUUAACAUUAAAUUGUUUUUCUACACAUUUUACCAGUUAAGAGGAUAUUUUCUUUGCGUCAAAAUUUUGAGGAUUCGCAACUGACAUUUGGUAAGUAUUUUAAAGUGUGUGUCUGUUGUUUUUUUUUAAUAUAAUGAUAUGUUAUUUUUUUUUCAUUUUAAAAACAUUAUUUUGUCUAAAGGUGAUUAAUAUUGUUAAGACUGUUCAAAAAGUUGGGGGGGAUACAAUGGUCAAUUCGUUCUUUUUCUAAUACAAGUUUUUAUUGUAUUAUCUUAUUAUUUAUUAUUGUGAUUAUCAAUGAAGUCUUUCAGCCAAAAUAUACAUUUUCUUUGUUUUUGUUCACAUACAUUGUCUUUAAUAUUUUAUUUCGUCGUUUCCAUUAAAAUAUGUGUCAUUGCCUUUAAAUGUAAGUUAAUACUAUAGUUGUUGUUAUAUUUUUACUUCAGACAAUCCAGAAUAUCAAGAGUUAGCUGAGAUGAGCGAAGCUAGUAUUAAAAUGGAAUGGUCAAAUUGUAAAAAAAAGCAAGGUCAUCAAGGAUUUAUUCCAUGGAAAGACUUUCAAUCAGAUCCAGAACGUUAUUGUAAAGAAGCUAAACUUACUCCCACUGAAACAACUUUGAAGUAUAUAGAAACAAUGACAAACCUUACAGCACGAUUAGAAGUAAAAUUUGUCAGUAGCAACCGACCAGAACUGUAUAGAAAAUUAUUUGAACAUAGAGGAACAGAACACAUAUUUACUGGAACAGGUUGUGUAGUGCAUGACGUGAAUGUAUCAAAUCAUCCAUGUCGAUGUAUUAAAUGUAGGAAAAUGGCAAAGAAAUAUGAUACAGAAAUAAUCAAAACAUUUUCAGUUUACAUUGCAACAGCCACGCAUGUUGUUUAUGAUGGCGAGGAAGCAAAGAAAAUGACAGCUGAAUUAAACUACAACGACGAUGGUAGAAAAUGUAUUAAAAGGUUAUAUGGUGUUUCUUUGUGUGAUCGCAGUGUCACUGGUGAUGCUUGUGUAGUAGAAUGUGUCACGUGUGAUGAACAGUUAGCCAAAGAAAUAAAGACAAACUUACAAAGCUACCAUUUAUUGUAUAGAGAAUAUCCAAGAAGUUAUAAACCAAUUGUGGUGAUUAUAUCUCAUCCACAUGGCAAACCUAAGCACAUUAGUUUUGGAGAAUAUAGAACAUUACUUUUUAAACGAGAUGGUCUAAUUACUUUAAAAGCAAUUGAAUACAAUGCUACUACAUGUCCGGGAAGUAGUGGUGCCCCUGUGUUGGUAAUGAGUGAUAAAUGCUCCUUCAGGAGUACUAAAAUUGUGUUGUCGAAUUUUCCAGCUCAUUCUGGAGUAAAUUCUGAAGGUCUUAGCUUUUCCGCGACAUCUUCAAAUCCAACAUUGAAAAUAAAACCAGAAAAAAACGGUUAGUUCCUGUUGUUUUGUUUUUAUUAUUUUUAAAGAAAACAAAUUCCUAUUAAUAAAUAUUUAUACAUUACCUAGAGAGAACAACUUGUUCUUUAAACAAAAUUUUGCGUCUUAAAAAAAAUAAUCAAUUGUGUAUAUGAUAUCGUUAAAAUUCGCUAAGUACAUAUCUGUCAGUAUUCAAUAGGCGAGAAGAAUAAAAUUCUCAGAAUUUUUUACUCUUACAAAGUAAAUUAAUGAAAUGUAUGUUUUAUCUUGUAAAUUAUGUAAUUUGAAAUUCUCUAAACACUAGGACCAUUGAUUAAAGUUUUUUGUAUUUUUAAAAAUUUAUUGACAUAAAUUAAAUAUUAUUUUUUCUCUUUACUUUUAACAGGUAACCGAUAAAAAGAAGGAAAUACUCAAAGAAGGUAAUUUCCAUCUUUAAAGAUGAAAAAAACUACGUGUAUAAAUUUUAAAUUGUUCAAAAUUAUACAUUUAAUCUGUUACAGAUUAAAUUCAUGUACAGAGCACCAUGGUCACCAUAUGGUUAUAAAAAUCAAACGUUUUUUGUCAUAUAAUUUUUAAAUUAUACAUAAGAUAGUUGUGUCUCAUGCAAAUCAUAUUGAUUUUAAAUUGUUCACGCGUGAAUUACAUCACGCAAUACAUUAAAGAAUACUUUCUUUGAACAAAUUCAACUAUUUUUUUUUAUGUAACUCUAAGGUACUUAAUAUGGUGUGCCAUGUGAGAUAAAACACAAAUUUACAAACUGAUAUAUUUAAAGGUGAUCCAUAGUUAGUGACCAGUUUAUGAUUGAAAUAUUUUUUGUUUUAAUACACAUUAUCUGAAAAUAUUAGUUGCACAAAAGCACAAAACAUACAUUAUUAAAAUAAAACAUACGGCUUUAUACUAAAAAUUGGUAAUAAAUGCAUUGGUUAAAAUAUGUCACGCCCAGAACAGUGCCACACAAGGGCGACCAACCUUCAUUCCCCUCUUCUAUAACGUAUUAGCGGACGAUAGGGCAUUCAAUGCCUAAAAUACGGAUUCCAAAAUAAAAAAUCGGGAAAAUUUCGAUUUUAGUAAAAUUUUAAAUUGCUGACCUGUAAAAAAAAAAGAAAACUAAUCCUUUCCAAAUCGGAAAUAUUAAAACAAUAACAAAAUACCUAACAUGGAGUCAAAUGUGAGCUGUUUCCAAUCUUUUAGCUCGCGUCAGCGAAGACUAACCAAUGGGAUCAGUUGUUGAAAUCUAUGAGCAAGGAUAAGGAAUAUCUUGCAGUAAACGUCUAACUCGAGAUAGCUUUUUUUUUUUCUGUUUCAGAUGUAGAGUCAUCUGACAUGGCCCUAAACUUGUCUUCGUAAAAUACACUCUAUGUGUUCAAGACAUCUCUUCUUUAAGAGUUCGCUGUUAUUGUAAUAUUUCUAAAGCCUUCUGUCAUGAUCCACAAGUUUAGUCUAGAUAUUACAAAAAUAGAUUUCCCAUUAAAAGGUAAAAUAGAAAACAAUGUAAGAGUAUGAUCUGAAGAGAUUUAUGAAAACAACGUAUUAUCUUUACAAACCUUAAGGGAGUGAGAUAGUGCAUACCAUCAUUCGUUUUAUGCACUUCCUUAUAGGUUGUAUUCUUGGCAUUUGGAAAAAGUAAAUUAUGAUUCAGUACUAUGUAGUUUAUUACUUGCAAUUUUUAAAAAAAAUUCUUUAAAUAAUAGAAGUUCUCCGCUCGGAAUAUAGGCGACAGGAUUUCUGGGAAAUUUAGUGGAUUUUUACGUCAAAUAAAAUUAUCCUCAGAUUAAAUGUAUAACAAGUAAAUAAAGCAUGUGCUUGUUAACAUAAGCACAACAAAUUAAAUAAAUCUUAGAGCAGUUUAAUUUUUUAAACUAGAUGUUGACUAAAUAAGAAUUUAAAAAGAUUCUCGUUUUAAAUAUUUAUGUUGUCUUUACUUGCAGAUAAUUUCAUUGUCCCAGAAAAAGUUGAAGCAGAUCUUCAUAGACAUUCAGUUGGGUGCGGUAAAAAUCCCGGACACACUCAGUUUGUACCUGUAUAUGAUUUCAAUAUAAACCAUUUGCCUGAAGGAUGUCAUGAUAAAGAUUUGGUUGAGUUUGUAAAAUGUUUGGCCGAUCUCACAGUUCGAGUAGCUGUUAAGAUGAUUAGCACAGAGAGACCUGAAUUCUGGCCAAACACCAAUCAACCCUAUCCUUUAUACAAUAAGCGUGGUAUGAAUGAAAUGCAUCUUGGUACAGGACUAAUUUUGUUAAUACGCCAAAUAGAAGACGUGCAGCAUCCAUUAUGUACUUGCCGUAAUUGUCAAUAUUCUAAUACACCAAUUAAGGUCAAUUUUCACAUUUACAUGAAAACAACAACACAUUUAGUUUUUGAUGAUGUAGAAGCAGGUCAUACAAUAGCACGUAUAUUUUUUGGAUCACAAGAUAGUCCUUUGGUAACAUUGGAUGGAUUUCGUGCUGUGGAUUGUGAUAUUGAGGGUGAUACAUGUUAUCUUAAAUGUGUUACAUGUGAUGCAGAUCUUGCUGAUAAACUGUUGAAGAUGACUCAAAAUCUGUGGAACAUAUAUGAGAAAAUUGAAGAUAAAUAUAAUUCAAAAAGUUUGAGUAUAAUAUUAUCUCAUCCUCACGGUAUUCCUAAACAAUUUUCAGUCGGACGUGUAGUAGAAGGCAUUACAUUAGCUGAGGGUUAUGACAUUAAAUUCACUAAACACAGUUAUACAACAAGCACGUGUCCAGGAUCAAGUGGGGCUGCCGUAUUUAUUCUUUCAAAAGAUACCACACCAUUUAUUGAGAAGUAUAUAACACAUCCCGUGCACAGUGAUGCACUAGACAGUGGGCUAAAUAAAUGUUCAUUUGCUAUGGACACGUUCAAUUAAAUAGUUUUCAGUAUAAUUUAUCAAUUAUAUCUUGAUGAAACAAUAGGGAGAUAAUAUUUUGUUAGACUAAUAAUAAAACAAGCUUCGGGUGAAUUUUUGUUUUAAUUAACACAAAAUUUUGUAAAAGAAUGUAUACAACUAAAGUAUUUUUGUUUUUUUAAAUAAAUUUAACACUGAUGACCUUAUCUCACAAUUCUUUUUUUUUAACAUUUUUCUAAAGAAGUUGCAAAUUAACAUAUUUAAAAAUUAAAGAAAAAUAAGUUAAUAAUUAAAAUAUAGUUUAAUAUUUCAAAAUCUUUAAAUUCAAUGUGUGCAUUUCGGAAUAAUUUUUUCAAAAAAAUAUUUAAUAUACAAGAUAUUAUAGACGAUGUGCAACCAUAAUGAUUGAAUCUAAUAGCUAUUAUGCCCUCAUAUGGACUAACGAACGUUUUGCUACAUAAAUUUUUGGUGUAUGAUGAACACAGAUGUUAAAACUAGAAGUAUUAUUUGCAUUACAAUAAAAAAAAAACAUUCUUUUUCCUUGGGGGGGGGGGACAUAAACAAGUCAUUGAAUCUUAUUUUAUAUUGCAUAAUAUUGAAAUAAUAUUUUUAAGAGUUAAAAUAAUAAUUUGUUAAAUAAAUUUUUGGUGUAUGAUGAACACAGAUGUUAAAACUAGAAAUAUUAUUUGCAUUAAAAUAAAAAAAAAACAUUCUUUUUCCUUGGGGGGGGGGGGACAUAAACAAGUCAUUGAAUCUUAUUUUAUAUUGCAUAAUAUUGACAUAAUAUUUCUAAGAGUUAAAAUAAUACAGAUUGUUCAAACUAUGUUUAAUAUCUGAAUAAUCGGAAUAAUGUAUACGGGU